ACCUCUUCAUACGUGUGUGUGUGUGUGUGUGUGUGUGUGUGUGUGUGUGUGUGUCAGGUUUCUGCUGCAGUGUCUGGAGGAUCUGGACUCCAGUCUUCGUAAACUCAACUCCUGUCUGUUCGUCGUCCGCGGUCAGCCGGCGAACAUCUUCCCUCGCCUCUUCAAGGAGUGGAAGGUGUCUCGGCUGACGUUCGAGUGCGACUCGGAGCCGUUCGGGAAGGAGCGAGACGCGGCUAUAAAGAAGCUGGCGUCUGAAGCGGGAGUGGAGGUGAUCACGAAGAUCUCACACACGCUUCACGACCUGGACAGGAUCACGGAGCUGAAUGGCGGUCAGCCGCCGCUGACGUACAAGCGCUUCCAGACGCUGGUGAGCAGCAUGGAGCCGCCGGAGCCUCCGCUGGAGCCGCUGAGCCGAGAGCUGCUGGGAAACUGUGUGACGCCCGUCAGAGACAACCACAGAGAGAGAUACGGAGUCCCCCUGCUGGACGAGCUGGGGUUCGACACUGAGUCUUUGGAUCCUGCUGUUUGGCCCGGAGGAGAAUCAGAGGCGCUGAUGAGGUUGGAGCGACACCUCGGACCCGACUCUAACAUGGUACGACACACACUGUUCUAA